AUGUCCCGGCUGGUGCCUUCACCCAGCUCUGCUGCUGCCUGUGUCACCGUCCUGCUUGGCUGCAUCUGGCUCGUCUCGGCCACCCAGUUCUCUCCAAUGAGAGACAAAGGGCGCACCUUGAUCCGCCUCACUCCACAAGAAAAAGCCACGUGUCCCAGCGCCUCCGUGGAAGUUUUUCUCAACAGCACCCUCACCACACGUCUCCUCCCUGGCCUCUACUCUGUGGUCCUGCUCGUGGGGCUGCCGGCCAAUGCUCUGGCCUGCUGGGUCCUGGUGACCAACUUCAGGAAAUGUUCCAGCACCCUGUUCCUGCUCAACCUGGCCAUUGCUGACCUGCUCUUCGUCCUCCUGCUGCCCUUCAAGAUCUCAUACCACCUCUUGGGCAAUCACUGGCUCUUUGGGGACUACCUGUGCCGCACCAUGGUGGCCUUCUUCUAUGGGAACAUGUACAGCUCCAUCCUCUUCCUCACUUGCAUCGGUCUGGAGCGCUACAUCUCUGUGAGGCACCCAUUUCUGUGGAAGGGCUCCAGUUGGACAUGGGGCAAGGCAGGCAUCUGUGUGGGCAUCUGGCUGGUGGUGGGGCUGGGCAUGAGCCCUCUGCUUUUGUAUCCCCAGACAAGCCACAUCUCGAGUCUGAACAUCACAACGUGCCACGAUGUCCUAGGGAAGGAUGAGCACAAGUUCUUCGUCUACUAUUUCCUCUCCCUGGUGGGUCUGGGCUUUGGAUUGCCCUUUGUGCUCAUGACCAUCUCCUACAGUUGCAUCCUGGUGCGGCUGCUGGCCAAGUGGAGACGCUAUGGGCAGGUGGUGCGUGUCUUGGCACUGGUCCUCCUGGUCUUCAUCUUCUCCUUCACCCCCAGCAAUGUGCUGCUUUUCAUCCACUACAUGCUGGAGGCCACGGGGUGCCACAAUGUCACCUACAUCUGGUACACCCUGGCCCUGGCACUUGGUGCCUUCAGCAACUGCUUUGAUCCCUUUGUCUACUUCUACGUCUCCCAGGAUUUUCGGGGAUGGAUCCGGGAUGCAGGCAGCUGCUGCCCAGGGGGCCUUAAGACCUCAGUGGGGAGGGCCUUGGAGAAGGCAGCCUUGCCCCUGAGGUCCAGUGAGGAGAGCCAGCUGUAG